GCGAAAACGCAGCGCUAUGACUGUUUACAAGCAGCGAUAUGAACGGAAGACUCUUGUACCAAUCUCAUAUGCUUUUAAAGGUGGUUAUUUCAAGUAUAUCACAUUAUGUUUAAGACUGAGCACAUGUGAAGUACUAAUUGUCCACAACGCGUAAGGAUACAGACGCAGCCGGAUCUGCUUGUGAGCAGUGGCUGUGUGUAGCUGAAUGGUGGAGCUCUCUUCCUGGUGGAUAAACAGUGACAGCUCAGGGCAGCCACCUAAACCUAGAACUGAGUCUGGCGCUGCCCUGCCAGCCAUCCUAAACAACAUCAAAAUGGCUACAGAGAGUAAACACGUCGUGCAGUUGAAAUCUGAACUGUACUUCCUAAUAGCCCGGUUUCUAGAAGCCGGACCGUGUCAAAACGCAGCAGAGACCCUGAUAAGAGAGGUGGAAGAGAAGGAGCUUCUGCCCAAAAGACUGGACUGGACGGGGAAGGAACACCCUGGGACAUACGAAAAUUUGGUGCAGCUGUAUGGGCACGUGCGUCCAGACCACCUGCUGCAGGUGUGUUCCAGGGUGUGUCCCCUGCUGGAGCAAGACGUCCCGGCCAGCGUGCCUGGAGUCCACAGCCUGCUGGGGGCAGGACGGCAGGACCUGCUGAGGACCAGCAAGAGCUGUAAGCAUGUGGUGUGGAAGGGCUCUGCCCUGGCAGCCCUGCACUGUGGCCGACCCCCAGAGCCCCCCAUCAUCUACGGGAGCCCCCCCAACAUCGUGGAGACGAGUCACGGGCGUCGGCUGAACGGCUCGUACCGUCUGGGCCAGCUGCUGCCCACAGCGGUCUACCAGCACAUGAAGAUGCACAAGAGGAUUCUGGGACACCUGUCCUCCGUGUACUGUGUGACAUUCGACAGGACAGGACGACGCAUCUUCACUGGCUCUGACGACUGCCUGGUGAAGAUCUGGGGGACGGAUAGCGGGCGGCUGCUGGCUACCCUGCGGGGCCAUGCGGCUGAGAUCUCCGACAUGGCUGUGAGCUAUGAGAACACCAUGCUGGCUGCAGGCAGCUGUGACAAGACCAUCAGGGUGUGGUGUCUGCAGACCUGCGCCCCAUUGGCUGUGCUGGAGGGGCACGCUGCCUCCAUAACCUCACUACAGUUCUCUCCUCUGUGUAGCGGGUCCAAGCGCUACCUGUCCUCAACGGGGGGAGACGCCACCAUCUGCUUCUGGCAGUGGGACGCAUGCACACUGAAGUUCAGUCAGAGGCCCAGUAAGUUCACGGAGCGCUCCAGACCAGGGGUCCAGAUGAUCUGCUCUUCCUUCAGCGCAGGUGGAAUGUUCCUGGCCACAGGAAGCACAGAUCACAUGAUCCGAGUGUACUACUUUGGCUCGGGUCAACCAGAAAAGAUCUCGGAGCUGGAGUCCCACACGGACAAAGUUGACAGUAUCCAAUUCUCCAACUGCAGUGACAGGUUUGUGAGUGGCAGCAGGGAUGGUACUGCACGGAUCUGGCAGCUGCAACAACAGGGCUGGAGGAGCAUUCUACUGGACAUGCAGACCAAACUGCCUGGGAAGUACAACCCCCCUCCGCUGGAAGACAAGGUGACCAAGCUGAAGGUUACCAUGGUAGCCUGGGAUCGCCACGACAGCACGGUAAUCACCGCUGCCAACAACCUGACACUGAAGGUCUGGAACUCCACCACAGGGAACCUCAUCCAUGUCCUCAUGGGCCACGAGGAUGAAGUGUUUGUCCUGGAGCCCCACCCCUUCGAUCCCAGAAUCCUCUUCUCUGCCGGGCAUGAUGGGAAUUGUAUUGUGUGGGACCUGGCCAGGGGAGUGAAGAUCCGCUCUUACUUCAACAUGAUCGAGGGCCAGGGCCACGGGGCGGUGUUCGACUGUAAGUGCAGUCCAGACGGACAGCACUUCGCUGCCACUGACUCUCACGGACACCUGCUCAUCUUCGGCUUCGGCUCCAGCAGCAAGUACGACAAGAUCGCAGAUCAGAUGUUCUUCCACACGGACUACCGCCCGCUGAUCCGUGACGCCAACAACUAUGUCCUUGACGAGCAGACCCAGCAGGCGCCCCACCUCAUGCCCCCGCCCUUCCUGGUGGACGUGGACGGGAACCCCCACCCCACCCGCUACCAGCGCCUGGUCCCCGGGAGGGAGAGCUGCAGGGAGGAGCAGCUCAUCCCCCAGAUGGGGGUCACCUCGUCGGGUCUGAACCAGGUGGUGAGCGAGCAGGCAGAGGAGGGGGGCAGUGCCCUGGACAGUAUGAUCCAGAGACUGCAACAGGAACAGGAUCAGAGACGCUCCACUGACCCCUCACACAGCAGGGCCAGCAGAGGCUCUGUGGGCUCCCCCUCGGAGGUGCACUCGCCCCCCAACGUGGGCCUGCGGCGGAGCGGGCAGAUUGAGGGCGUGCGGCAGAUGCACAGCAACGCCCCCCGCAGCCAGAUGGCCACGGAGAGAGACCUGGUAGCCUGGAGCCGCAGGGUCCUAGUGCCUGAGCUGGAGGACGCCACUGUCAGGCGACAGGUGGAGUGGAGAGAGGCUAAGGGAGAGGAGGAGAUCAACAUCUACAGGUCAGAGAGAAGAAGACGCACCAUCCACUCCCACCGAGAAACCAAGGUCCACAACCCGGAGUGUGUGGGCGAGGAGGGGAGGCGGAGCCAAAGUAACCAUGGCUACCACACGCGGGCCGCUGUGGAGGAGACGAGCCGUGAGAGCGCCGACGUCGCUGACGAUGACGACAGCACGUCUGAGGGCGAGGCGGAGGUCCUACCUGUAAAUGGAAACUCCUCUGAGGAAGAGAAGGAGAAGGAGGAAGAGGAGAAGGAGCCUUGGCCGGACGACCACAGCAGCUCCAGUGACUACUCCAGCGACUACUCUGACUGGACGGCGGACGCAGGGAUCAACCUGGAACCACCGAAGAAGAGCGUGAGGGUGAAGAAGAAGAGCAGCGGCUCGGAGGAGGACGGAGAGAAGAAGAGAGAGAAGAAGAGAGACAGGAAGAAGGACAAGCCAGACAAAGACGAAGCACUACCAAAGAAGAAGAAGCCAAAGGAGAAGAGGAAGAGGGCGGAGUUUCGAGAGGAGGAGCUCAUUCUUGAGGAGUGGCUCCCGUCUCCGUGGAUCACAGACACUGUCCCCCGGAGGUGUCCCUACAUACCACAGAUGGGUGACGAGGUGUAUUACUUCAGACAGGGCCAUGAGGCCUACGUGGAGAUGGCCAAGCAGAAGAAGAUCUUUAGCAUUAACCCCAAGAAGCAGCCCUGGCACAAGAUAGAGCUGAGGGAGCAGGAACUGAUGAAGAUUGUGGGUAUCAAGUAUGAGGUGGGUCUUCCUACACUGUGCUGUCUGAAGCUGUCCUUCCUGGACCCUGACACGGCCAAGCUCACCGGAGGAUCCUUCUCCAUGAAGUACCACGACAUGCCCGAUGUGAUUGACUUCCUGGUUCUGCGGCAGCAGUUUGAUGAUGGCAGAGACAGGGAGUGGACGAUAGGGGACCGGUUCCGCUCGGUCAUAGAUGAUGCGUGGUGGUUUGGGACGAUAGAGAGCCAGGAGCCGCUGCACCCCGAGUACCCUGACAGCCUGUUCCAGUGCUUCAAUGUCUGCUGGGAUAACGGCGACACAGAGAAGCUGAGUCCCUGGGACAUGGAGCCAAUCCCCAACGAGGCAGUGUUUCCAGACGAGUUAGGCCAGAGCGUCCCUCUGACGGAGGAGGAGCAGAAGGAGCUGCUCUACGUCCCUCUGGAGGGAGAGUGGGGCUCACGCACACGCUCCCAGGAGUGCGAGCGCAUCAUCAAAGCCAUCCACCAGCUGAUCACCCUCGAUGUGGCUGCUCCAUUCUCCUUCCCGGUGGACCUGCAGGCGUACCCCACCUACUGCACGGCCGUAGCCUACGUGACAGACCUCAGCACCAUCUGCAGCAGGCUGGAGAACCACUUCUACAGACGCAUGUCCUCUCUGAUGUGGGAGGUACGUUACAUUGAACACAAUGCCCAGACCUUCAACGAGCCGGGAGCCUUCAUCGUCACGACGGCCAAGUUUGUCUCCGACGUCAUGCUGCACUUCAUCAAGGACCAAAGCUUGACUGACAUCAUUCCCCUGUACAACAGCAUGAAGAAGACAGCUUUCUCAGACUCUGAGGACGAGGAUGAUGAUGAAGAUGACGAUGAUGAAGACACCGACGCUCCUGGAACCUCCACCAGGAAACAGAAAACGCGGCGUCCGAUGAAGCGGCAGCUGUGCACCAGGCCGCCGUCGUACGACCCCCAGGCCUGGAGAGGGCGCUGCAAGGAGCUGCUGGACCUCAUCUUCCAGUGUGAGGACUCGGAGCCCUUCAGAGAGCCUGUCGACCUGCAGGAGUACCCGGACUAUCUCCACAUAGUGGACACUCCCAUGGACUUUGGCACGGUGCGGAGCAUUCUGGCGGCGGGGAAAUACAAAUCUCCCACGGAGCUUUGCAAAGACGUGCGUCUCAUCUUCAGCAACUCCAGAGCCUACACGCCCAGCAAGAAGUCCCGGAUCUACAGCAUGAGUCUGCGUCUCUCGGCGCUGUUCGAGGAGCACGUCAGCUCCAUCCUGGACGACUACAAGGCCAUCCACGGCCUGACUGACCGGCCUACCAGGCAGACGGACAGACAGACUCGACUCGCCCCAGACAGACAGACGCGACACGCCCCAGACAGACAGACGCGACACGCCCCAGACAGACAGACGCAACACGCCAUGAAAAGGCGGAGGAGGAGGAGUGACUCUCCCGCCAGCAGCACUGCAUCCAGCCCAGAGAGAAAGAAGCGCGUGUCGUCACGUGGGGCUACGAGGGCUGAGUCCUCCGCCCCGCCCCCCCCGGUGGCCCCCCCGCGGCCCCCCUCCCUCAGGCAGAACCUACCCCUCAGACAGCCCCCCCAGCUGCUCAACGGCAAGGCCGACACACACACGCCUGGACGCACCCGCAGCACGGCCCGCCACGGCACUCACACCCCGGGGUCCUCACACACGCCUGGGAGCAACACACACAGCCCUCCAGACCUCCCUCCUCCUCGCUCGCUGCGAGGCCACAGCUCCGGGCCCACCCCGUCUCCGGCCCCCGCCGAGCGCUCCCGACACCCCCCCGUUAGCGAUAGCAGUGGAGGGAGCAGCAUGCGGAGGAAACUCCGGACUCCAGUACGGCACACUCCCGCCUCUCCCUCUAGCCCCUCCCCCCAGUCUACGCCUCACCUGAAUGGCCACGGGAGUCAUGUGACCUUGGGCGUGGGAAGGAGAGGACGGAAACCCCGAGCGGAGCCGCCAGCGAGCCCUCCAGAGGUAGUGACCCCAGUGAGCCCUGCCCGUAACCCCCGGGGUCGACCGCCCAAGAAACGAGGCAGAAAAAGCAAGCAGGAGCUGGAGGCCAUGAGGAGAAACUCCGCCCCCGACGAUGACCUGGACCAAUCCACAGGGGACGAGGGCGGGACUUCCUCCUCAGCACAGGAAACGGCUGUGCUUUCAGACUCCGGUCUUUCAACUCCCAAGCCACGACGCGGUAGGCCGAGAGUGGUCAGGACUGAGGAAGCCCCACCCCCAGGCUCAUCUGACCUAUCCCCUUCUCCGCUGAGAAGGAGCUGCCGGCGACUCAACGAUGAGACCACUCCCCCUUUGCAGGCUGCGCACCAAUCACAUCAGCGGGAUUCCCCAGAGGAGGACGACGAGGACGAGGUGGGGGGGUCGAUGCGCACCCGUAACCAGGGGCGACGGACGGCCUGGUAUGUGGAGGAGGACUCGGAGGAGGAGCAGAGACAGCUGUUGUUUGAGGACUCGUCAAUCAACUUUGGAACCUCCUCUAAGGGGCGGGUCCGCAAGCUCACUGAGAAAGCCAAGGCCAAUCUCAUUGGCUGGUAACUACAACAACCAAACAGACACACAGGACAGACAGGGGAGGUGUCUAGGGGCUGACUAUAACCCCACAGGGAGCAAAGUAAUUGGAUCCGCUGUGUGUGUGUGUGUGGGGGGGGUGGGCGCUGCCAGUCUAUCUGCUGCUAAACAAAGCUGUGCCCAGAGCCUCCCCUCUCAUCCUCUCAUCUCCUCCUCCUCAUCCUUCCCUCUGCUCCUCUCCAUCCUCUCCUGACCCCUGUCUCUCUGUCUGUCUCUCUGUCUGUCUGUGUCUGUCUGUCUGUGUCUGUCUGUCUGUCUGCUCCUCCAGCUGUCCAGGAUCCGGACCCCACACAUGUUCUUCUGGGCUGCAGGACUAUACUGGCAGGCCCCUCAUCCUGACUUUUUUGGGGGAGCCUUGUGUGUGUGUGCGUGUGUGUGCGUGUGCUGAAAUACCAAAUGGAAAGACUGAAUGUGCACCUUGGUGUUAGUGGGUACCAUUGUUUUCCAUUCUCUGUGUCCGCAUGCCCACGACAAACUCUGCUCUCCUGUGCUCUGAAGACCAGAGCUCUGCUCUCCUGUGCUCUGAAGACCAGAGCUCUGCUCUCCUGUGCUCUGAAGACCAGAGCUCUGCUCUCCUGUGCUCUGAAGACCAGAGCUCUGCUCUCCUGUGCUCUGAAGACCAGAGCUCUGCGCUCUGAAGACCAGAGCUCUGCUCUCCUGUGCUCUGAAGACCAGAGCUCUGCUCUCCUGCGCUCUGAAGACCAGAGCUCUGCUCUCCCGCGCUCUGAAGACCAGAGCUCUGAAAAACACAUUGUUGUUUCUGCUGCGAGAAAGGAGAGGCAGCAGCAAGGUUGGAUGGAUCAUAUUUUAUAUGUCUCAAUGAAUUCUGAUAAUUAGCAAUACCUUGUGCCUUUCUGUGGUGUGUGAGUGUGUGUGUUUGUGUGUGUGUGUGGGGGGGGGGGGGGGGGGGGGGGGGAACACUCACCCCAUUUCCCCCUUCAGAAAUGUUCAGUUGAUGAAGGGUUUGUCAUUCUGGUGACAUGAUCAUGCAUGGUUUCAUUGAGGUAUAUACCAAUAACUACCCAGAAAGUGUGUGUGUGUUACAUGUGUUUGGCUGUUUAAAUAUGACUGAGAAUAGGGUCCACAUGAGCGUACAAACAGUGGCAUACAGUAUGAUCAUGGUUUAACCUCUCAAAGAUAUUUAGUGAUAACAUUGUUAAUUGAAAGAAAAAAAAAUGUUUUUGAUGUUACAAUACCAAUAUCCAUGUCAAUAUUAUCCUAUUAUAGCCAAGGUGUAAUUGUGAGUUAAACCUUAGGUACAGAGGAUUGAGCUUGGUGUUUAGCUUUGAGAUGCUCUCUCAACAGUGUUUUAUGCAGUUGUAGGGAGCAUCCAUGUUUAUUUUUCAAAUGAGUUUAAACUCUUAAAAAAAAAAAGAAGGAAAAAAAACAAAAAUAAUUUCAAAUGUUUCUAUGUUUUGACGGUGACCACACACAUUUCCGCCAUGCAUGCCCUUGCACUUUCUCACGCCUAACCCAACCCAACCGGAUCGACCCAGAUCAAACUGGAUUGAACAGGCUGGAGCGGGCCUCUAACGACCUGGAGGCAGAUCCCAGACUCUAUGUUCUGAUUGUGCCUUGGCUCCUCCGGUUCCUUGGAUCCUCUUGAUUCUCCAUGUCCCACUUUGGAUCUUCUUGUUCAGCCGGGCUCUGUGGACUCCCCAGGGUGUGCUGGUUCUGGUCACUGGACGCAUGACGCUGGACUGGACUGGUGUCCAGACUGUUUUGAGGGCUGAAACAAGACUAGCUGUGUCCAAUGUGGACAAGGCAUUACAACACAUACACACACACACAAGUUUAUUGUUUUCUCUGUCUCUGACACAUGGUGACGAACUACGAUACUGUUUGUUUUUAUCUUUGUAAAUUUUAUAUUAUGAUUCUUUUAUGCCAAAAUCUGUCUGUGGCUACUAGAGGGCAGACCGUGGCUGUUGAAUGUUGGUUUGUUCAGAGUCAAUACCGGAUCAUACCUAAAACACACACACACACGCUCUCUGGGGAGGGAGGGAGACCGGGGGGAGACGGGGGGGCACCCUGGCCCCCUCAGCUGAUAAAACAUCUCUCACUUCAGCCGACUCAACACACGCCCACGUUCCUGUAGUCCUGGAGCAGUCGCACUGAGCUGUGAGAGGGUCACAAUGUGCUGAAAAAGUCUUUUAUACUCUCCUCUGUGCUAAUAUAUAUAUAUAUAUAUAUAUAUGAUAUACAUACCUGAUAUCUGAUGACUUAUACGUUUCUAUGGGCCUGUUGUACGUGCUGUGCCGGUCUCUGAUCAGAGGGGGUGGGGGGGGGGAAGGAGGGAGGGAGGGUCUUCUGGUGUGUGUGAAGUGGCUGCAUGCUAGCCACUGGGGAGGGGGUGGGGAGGAGGGAUUUUGGGGGUGGAAGGGUGGGUUGUCUUUGUUAGUUUGGAUACUUUUAUAUAAAAAAAAGAGUUCUUGCAAGAAAGCAUAAAGCUAGAAUGUAUGUGUAGGGGAGUACUGAUGUCCUGUUAGUUCAUACUGAUAUUUUAAGGAAAUAAACAGUUGUGUUUCUAUA